AUGACCCGGAAUUUCAGCCUCGGUAUCGAGACCCAGACCCGAACCGAAAAGCUUGAACGAAUAGCUGAUGAGCUCUUGACUCUCAACAAGAUAGAGCGCUUCGAUUACUCAAUCCUCUCGAGGCACAAAAUGGGUCUGAACCGGUUUGGCCCGGCAGCUUCCGGAGCCGGUCUACAGUCCACGUCAGCAGCAGGCGGAGGCUCAGUAUCCGCGGCCGCGCCACAGGCCGCCAAAGAGAAAACAGCAUUUGAUUUGAAAUUGGAGAAAUUUGAUGCAUCGGCGAAGCUUAAGGUGAUUAAGGAAAUUAGGGCGUUCACGGAUUUGGGUCUCAAGGAAGCUAAGGAUUUAGUGGAGAAAGCGCCUGUGGUGGUUAAGAAGGGGAUGCCAAAAGACGAGGCGGAGAAGAUAGUGGAGAAGCUCAAAGAAGUUGGUGCUACUGUAGUAUUGGAAUGA